AGUUUGUGGAAAAGAGGAAAUGUUUCCUGAGGGGAGACGGUAAACUUCCUCCGCGAGCUGCCACGUCUCAACCCACUCGCGACACUUCCUGUGGAGGACACGACUAAAAGGACAGCAGCGGAGGAGACUUGAAUAAUUACCGAUCUGCCAUGCUGCCCAGGCUUCCUGUGUAUAUCCUCAUUUUUUUGCCAGUUCUUCUGGUGCAGGGCAGCUCUGCCGAUUCAUCCAAGAAGCGUCCUGCUGCUCCAGCAAGCCCUCCACCCCGCCCACCUCCUCCUCUGGGUGACCCCAGCUGGGCUCUUGGUCUGCACCUGUACAAGGCCCUCCGCUCUGACUCCAGCUCCGUAAACACUCUCUUCUCCCCUUUGCUUGUGGCCUCUUCUCUUGGAGCGCUGGGUGGAGGGUCAGGGGGAACCACAUCCAGCCAGCUCCAAGAUCUUCUCAAGACCCCGUCCCCCACCAAGGCUGGGGAGCGUCUGUCCGAGGCGUUUAAGAGCUUCACCGCAGCCAAUGGUACCAGCUUUCACCUGCACGCGUCCUCGGCUCUGUUUUCCAAGCAGGCUCCUACAGUCAGCCAGGCGUUUGUGAAGGAGAGCCAGAGCAGGUUCGGGCUGCAGCAUCAGCCACUGGGAAAAGGAGACUCCAAAGCUGACCAGAAGCAGCUCCAUGGCUGGGCCAAGGCUGGCCUUGGCGGUCUGGAGGGAGCUCCUUCAGCGGCUGAAAUCCAAACUAAGGCCGGAGCUCUGAUACUGGCCAGUGCCCUGCGCUUUAAAGGGCUGUGGGAGAGAGAGUUCAGCGCGGGGAGCACAGAUCACCGCACCUUCUUGGGGAAGGAAUACACCAAAGUGAUGAUGAUGCACCGAGCAGGUUUGUACCGUUUUCAUGAAGACAUAGAAAACAUGGUGCAGGUUUUUGAGGCGCCUCUGUGGGGGAGCAAGGCCAGCGUGGUGCUCCUGAUGCCCUUCCAUGUUGAGAACCUGGCGAGGUUGGAGAAACUUCUGACCCUUGAGUUGCUGUCUAAGUGGCUGGAGAUGACCAAUAUGACCAGUGUGUCCAUCUCACUGCCCAUGGCCAACAUCACCAGUGCACUCAGUCUGCAGAAACAGUUAUCUGCUCUGGGCUUGACUGAUGCUUGGGACCAGAAGACGGCUGAUUUCUCCGGGGUGUCGGACAAGGGGAAGGGGAAACUGCACCUGGGUGGAGUCGUCCAUUGGGCUUCCCUUGACCUGGCUGCUCAAGCCGGGAAAAAAGACGCAGUUCUAGAGGAGGAGCACAUAGAAAAGCCCAAGCUGUUCUACGCCGAUCACCCCUUCAUCAUGCUUGUCAGAGACAACUCUACUGGAGCCCUGCUGCUGAUGGGAGCUGUGGACCACGUAGAGGGAGAGCCCCUCCAUGAUGAGCUGUAAAACACCCCGACAUCUAUCCCUCUCCCUGUCUUUCUGAGCUCUGUUUCUUACACACUCCCUCUCAAACACUACACGCUGGUUUCUAAGUCGAGACAUUGUCAUUCACUGUGGCAACCUAUCACAUCAGACUACAGCUGGCUGUCAUACAUUGACACUGCAUAGUCUCCUGCACUGACUGACACUGACACUGCCAUACCCGACAGUCACACACACAUAUCGACACCUACAUGGCAUAUAUAAAAAUACAGUACAAGGCGGUACUAAAGUUGACGGAUACAGCAGAAACUCGUAGAGACUCCCUGCAUUUUCUCCUUCGCUCACACACACACACACACACAUUCAAGGUCUCGGUGAUCAAGUCAAAUGACAUGCACUGACAAACACUAACAAUGCUGACAAGCAGAAACAGCUACACUCAAACCUGAUGGCAGCAUCUACAAAGAAAGUUAACGAAUAGAAGCUCACAGUGACACUUGAAUUCUUCCUGUCAGGCAAACAUCAGGGCAGGUGUGUGUGUGUGUGUGUGUGUGUGUGUGUCUGUGUCUGUGU